GGUGGCGCGCGGUGCAUGUCGGUCCCGAGGCGGACUGUCCCCUCACUGUGGGGCACUCGGAGUCUCGCCUGACGCCAUGUUCCUUUGGGCAGCUGCCGCCCGGGGCUUCUAGCUGCCGCCGCCCCCGCAGCCUCUAGAGCCGCAGUCGCCGGCCGGGAGCAGAGCCCGGCCAUGUCCGUCAAGGAGGGGAGCAAGGGGCUGCCGCCGCCUCUCGGCACCAGCGACCGGGCCGUUAAGGCUGUCCCUUUUCCACCAACACAUCGCUUGACAUCUGAAGAAGUGUUUGAUAUAGAUGGAAAACCUAGGGCUGACAUUUUGAAGAAUCACUUAGUAAAAGAAGGUCGGGUAGAUGAAGAAAUUGCACUUAGAAUCAUCAAUGAGGGUGCUGCAAUUCUACGAAGAGAGAAAACUAUGAUAGAAGUUGAAGCCCCAAUUACAGUGUGUGGUGAUAUUCAUGGCCAGUUCUUCGAUCUAAUGAAGCUGUUUGAAGUUGGAGGAUCACCAGCUAAUACAAGAUACCUCUUCCUUGGUGACUAUGUAGACAGAGGUUAUUUUAGUAUAGAGUGUGUGCUGUAUUUAUGGGUCUUGAAGAUUCUGUAUCCAAAUACAUUAUUUCUUUUGAGAGGCAACCAUGAAUGUAGACACCUCACAGAAUAUUUUACCUUUAAGCAAGAAUGUAAAAUAAAGUAUUCAGAAAGAGUCUAUGAUGCUUGUAUGGAAGCUUUUGAUUGCCUCCCUCUUGCUGCACUUUUAAACCAACAGUUUCUUUGUGUUCAUGGUGGACUUUCACCAGAAAUAAACACACUAGAUGACAUUAAGAGACUAGAUAGAUUCAAAGAGCCUCCUGCAUUUGGACCAAUGUGUGACUUAUUGUGGUCAGAUCCCUCAGAAGAUUUUGGAAAUGAAAAAUCACAAGAACACUUCAGUCAUAAUACAGUCAGGGGAUGCUCAUAUUUUUAUAGCUAUCCAGCAGUUUGUGAAUUUUUGCAAAAUAAUAAUUUGUUGUCGAUAAUUAGAGCUCAUGAAGCACAAGAUGCAGGCUAUAGAAUGUACAGAAAAAGCCAAACUACAGGUUUCCCAUCAUUAAUAACAAUUUUUUCGGCACCUAAUUACUUGGAUGUCUACAAUAAUAAAGCUGCUGUGUUAAAAUAUGAAAAUAAUGUGAUGAAUAUUCGACAGUUCAAUUGUUCUCCGCAUCCUUAUUGGUUACCAAAUUUUAUGGAUGUCUUUACGUGGUCAUUGCCAUUUGUUGGAGAAAAAGUAACAGAAAUGUUGGUGAAUGUUCUGAGCAUUUGCUCUGAUGAUGAAUUAAUGACAGAGGGAGAAGAUCAAUUUGACGUAGGUACAGCUGCAGCACGAAAAGAAAUAAUCAGAAACAAAAUACGUGCAAUUGGCAAGAUGGCAAGAGUCUUCUCUGUUCUGAGGGAGGAGAGUGAAAGUGUGCUGACACUCAAGGGUUUGACUCCCACUGGAAUGUUACCUAGUGGAGUGUUGGCCGGAGGACGACAGACUCUGCAAAGUGCCACAGUAGAGGCAAUUGAGGCUGAAAAAGAUGAGCCUGAUAUACACUGCAGCAAAGCAGUUGUUAGCACUGAUCACACCAGGAGUGCUCAGCAACAAACAAUACGAGGAUUUUCUCCGCAACAUAAAAUCUGCAGUUUUGAAGAAGCAAAAGGUUUGGAUAGGAUCAAUGAGAGAAUGCCACCGAGAAAAGAUGCUCCUCAGCAAGAUGGUAUUAAUUCUGUAAACACAACAAAUGCCAAUGGAAACAAUGGAACUGGCAACAACAAUGUACAGUGACCACACCAACUUCUGGUUUUACUCGUAUGUCUUGCCUGAGAAUUCCUAGAUUACUGCUUUUUGACAUGACAACAGAUGAAAUAGCCAGGGGAUCAAUCAGUCAAACUGACUUCUUAAUAUGAUGUGGAAAACAUAACUUGAUCCCGCUGAAGACAAACCAUCAUGCUUUUGAGGCAACAGCCCCUCUCUAUAAGUGAUGACGGAACAUCUGUGAGCAUGCUUCAUAUAUUUACAGAAAUUCCAACAUUGCUGGCUGAAUAUUGAGGAGAGCUAUGGGGAAAUGGUUGGGCUGUUAUCAGUAAAGCACAUCUAGACUAGCGUUUUAUGCUUAUCAUAGUCAACACUUUAAGUUUACAAAAUGGGAUUUUCUUUUCAGCAGAGCUAAUUUGUUUGUUUGUUUUUCAAUCAGACUUUCAAAUACAACCCUAAGAGCUACUAUUUAUUAAUGGACAUUGGUUUCAUGAAGUGUCUUUAAAAACAUAGAUUAGAAUAGUCUUAAAAAAAUCUGAGGCUGCAAAAACUAUAUGUUAAACGAAUGGAAAAAAUGCCAAAAAUCUCAGUUGGUCAUUCUGUAAAAUGCUGACCUCAGGUGUACUCCUUAGAUGUUGCUAAUUCUGUAUUAUAUUCACUGUAUUUUUUAGUUAAAGCUUAUCAGAAGAUUUCUAUGUAGGAAUGUUUAUUACUUGAACACAGAUUUUAAAGUAUUUAAUGUAGAAACUUUUAUGCCCAGCUUUUGAGACUCUCCCCACACCUUGAAUUUAAAAUGUAUAUAAAUAAAUUUUAGAAGUCUGAAAAAUAAUGCAAUUGUUAAUUUUAAGGUACUUUGAACUUUGUACAUUAUGUUAAAGUACAUUUUGAUUCAUAUCAAGUCUGUAAAGCUUGGCAUUGUAUUUUGUGUAUGCAUGUUUUCAUUUUGCAAAUAUUUAAUAUAUAGACCUCUGAUGUACAGGAACAACAUCUAUAGGUUAUAUAGAUGUUAUGGGUACUUUUACUUUAUUGUGAGUAUUAAAGAUGCUUAAAUAGCUAAUAAUCACUGGGCAGGCUGAAUAGCUGCAAGCUUUUUAUUAUUUUUCUUAAUUCUGUAAAGGAAACUGAAAAUGUUAUUGAAAUAUUUAUGCAGUACAUAAGCAAUUGUUCUGUUCAGUUGUAAGGCAUUAGUGAAAGUGUAAAAUCGAGACUGCAUGUUUUUUUAGCUACAGGACUGCUUGGUUAAACUAAAAAUUGAAACCAUAUGCUGAUUUGUUCACAAAUAAUGAACUGUACUGUUUGCCACUGUACUUCGUUAUAUAUUUUGACAUUUGCUACCUACCUUUCUCAUCCCCUGGAACACAACUUGAAACUUAAGUCACUAGAGUUCAUCUCCCUUUUUGUUUGCCAUAAAGUACAAUCUCUAGAAACCCCUGUCUAAGUUGAAAAUUUUAUGCAUGUUCUGAAAUAUUCAAGUAUUUUAUAAACAGUAGCACACAAUAAAUUUUGUGCAUGGGCUGCUGCUUCUAA